CCGAUGACCACGCCAAGCGAGGCCGCUCCCGGCGCCGUCCCGCCGCAGCCCCCCGCUGCACCGCCGCCGGCGCCGGAGCCUGAGCCGGAUCGGGCUCAGGCUCCGGAACCAGCUCCGGCUCCGGCUCCGGCUCCGGCUCCGGUGGCGAUACUGGUACCAUCUGUGACGGUGGUCCAGAAGGUUGAGACGGUGAUCGAUGUGAAGUACUGCGGUGGAGCCGGUGCGGAUGCUGAUGACGCCGAAUCGGAGAAGGUUUGCCGGAUCUGCCAUCUUAGCCCCGACCUCUCCGGCGUCGGCGGCGGGGCGGAGGGCUGUGAGUUGAUACAGAUAGGCUGCGGGUGCCGCGGUGAGCUUGGGAUCGCUCAUCGUCACUGUGCCGAGGCCUGGUUCCGGGUCAAGGGCAAUAGGUGUUGUGAAAUCUGUGGAGUGAAUGCAAAAAACAUCACCGGCGAGGACGACAGCGGCUUUAUGGAGGAGUGGCAUGAAAGGAGAAUGUUCAGCAAUAGAAGGCGAAGAAACUUCUCCGAGGGUGGCAGCUGUUGGAGAGGUCAGCCCUGUUGUAAUUUCUUGAUGGCCUGCCUGGUUAUAGCUUUCAUUCUUCCAUGGUUCUUCCGAGUAAAUAUUUUCUGAGAUAGCAAUUGGCACGUCAGAGUUCUUUCGGUUGGACUUGGUCUGAAAUUGAAGCAAUGGUUUAUAUGUAUAGCUUGGUUUUAGAAUUCGAUAACACUAAAUUAAGGUAAAUAGAUUUACUGGGUUUCUUUUGUCGGUGUUUCGGGGAUUAAUUAAAGAGCAACACAGUUGUACAUAUAUAUAAAUAUAUGUAUAUAUAUUUUUUCUUGUUUCUCAAUUUGGGAAAGAACUGAGUAUUUAUCAG